GGACACUUGUCUCCAGCUGUGAUUCAUGUCAUGAUGAAGCCACCUGCCUGGAGUCACGAGAAAGAGGAGACUCUCUCACCAGCCCGGCGCUCUCUUGUGUCUGUAAAGAUGGCUUUGUAGGCGAUGGUCUCGCCUGUUACAAUGCAAAACUCUGCAGUGACUCUUCUUGCUGUAGCCAAGGUUAUCACUGGUCACCAGACAGUGGCUGUGUGGAUACUGACGAGUGUUCCCUUCCAGACUCACCAUGCAUGCCACCCCAGGUUUGCCAAAACACCCCAGGCUCUUUCCAAUGUUUGGAGUCUUCCUCCAGCUCAAGAUCGAGCCCCUCCUCUCAAUAUGUCCAGUUCAACUGUGGAAACACAGUUUGUCCUUCAGGCAUGGACUGCAUCAGUUAUAAUGGGGUUCUCCGUUGUGCUGACCCCUGUGAGCACUACACGGUACUGAAUGACGACUGGCGUUCAACGAAUAACACAUCAAAUAGAGUCAUUCACUGUGACCGAAAUGUUAACUGGCAAGGCUGGUAUCGCCUGUUACUGUGGCAAACCAGUGCUCAUAUUCCAGAGAGGUGUAUACCUGAAAACAGGUGUGGAACCCAUGCUACUAUGUGGAUAACAGAGCCUCAUCCCACACAGUCUGAUGAAAUAGUAAAUCGUACUGUGUGUAAUUCCUGGCACAACUGCUGCACUUUUGCGACACACACCAUCCAUGUCAAGCUCUGCUAUGGAAACUACUACGUCUAUAAACUUGUAAAGCCUUCCACUUGCUCACUUGCAUACUGUGCAGAGGUGAACACAUCAGCAGUUUCACCAACCACACCGACUCCAAGACCUCAGAACACCACCACUGCUCAGGUGAUAGCUAACACCACAACACCCGCAGACAACAGCACAGGAGUUGAGGGGCAGGUCCGCCUGGCCGAUGGAGGAAACAGCUCCUGCUCCGGUAGAGUGGAGAUCUUCCUCCGAGGACAGUGGGGGACGGUGUGUGACGAUGACUGGGGCCUGGUUGAUGCUCAGGUGGUGUGCAGACAGCUGGGCUGCGGCAGGGCCGUGUCAGCACCACAAGGUGCACGUUUUGGACAGGGCAGAGGGCCCAUCUGGCUGGAUGAUGUCACGUGCACAGGCAGCGAAUCAAAGCUCACCGAGUGCAGGCACCGUGGGUUUGGAUCUCACAAUUGCGGUCACCAUGAGGAUGCUGGUGUCGUGUGUGAAGCUGGUUCACCAGUGAGGCUGGUCAACUCUGACAACCGCUGCUCUGGCAGAGUGGAGCUCUACCAUCAUGGACAGUGGGGGACGGUGUGUGACGAUGCCUGGGACCUGAGGGAUGCCAACGUGGUGUGCAGACAGCUGGGCUGUGGCACUGCUCGUUCUGCACCAACAAAUGCAGCUUAUGGACAGGGCAGUGGACCCAUCUGGCUGGAUGAUGUCAGCUGUUUUGGAAAUGAAUCAUCGAUAACAGACUGCAGACAUCGAGGGUUUGGGGUCCACAACUGCGGUCACCUUGAAGAUGCCAGCGUUGUGUGUGAAUUCCAGCAUCCUGCACUCCAGUCUGCAGAGCUUAUUUGUGGCCAUGAUAAACUCUACGUGGGGCUGGAUAUGGCAAGCUUGACAUCUUCUGGUUUGAACCCAUUCUCGGGCAACCUAGCAUCCCGCAAUUGCUCCUGGGUCGGAGUGCAUGAUGAUGCAGUGUGGUACGAAGUCCAGGCCACAGAAGGUGCCUGUGGAAAUACACUAAGGACCAACCGCACUCAUGCCAUCUACUCCAACAGUUUAUUUAUCUACCCAAUAAGAAAUGCGUCCUUCGUCGUUCCUGUGAGUCUUCCCUUCUCUUGUGCUUAUCCCCUGGACACAAACGCAAGCCUGAAUGUGGCUGUCAGACCAUUCCUGCCGUAAGUA